AUGCAAGGAAACCGUAGGACCGCCUUUAUAUAGUGGGAUUGGGGGACGGGUCCAAGGAGACCCAAGGUCUGUCUCAUUGCUGCGGGCCGAGAAUUGGUGCUCAAAGUGGCUUGCCUCGCUGGCUGGGAUCGCUGGUAGUUCUGGGUUCGCUGGGUCUGCGCCAAACAUGUGAAGACCUGGCGACCGCCAGACCAACGCUUGGAGGGAUCUCUUCGAAACUGGAUGAUGUCAAAACUGUUCGCUUGCAGGGAGGCAAACCUUCGCUGAAACAAUGCACCACUGCCAUUUCUACUUGCGGUCGCGCUCGCAUGUCGGACUCCGCGCUGGAGCUCCUCGAGGAGAUGCGAAAGGAUGGCCCAGCGCCAGAUGCCUUUUGUUGCAACUGCGUGCUGAAGGCUUGCAGCAGCCUAAAGCAGCAGCUGAGAGUCUUCGAGGGCAUGAAAAACAAGGGCCCCUCACCGGAUGUGGCCACACCACGAUCAACGUGGCCACGCUCCGACCGUGGUAUGGAGCCUUGAUCACCACCUUGGGACAUGAAGAGCGCUGGGAGCACUGCUUGGAGAUGAUGCAGGAGAUGGAUUCCCAAAGACUGGAGUCCAAUGUCAUCCUGUAUGGUGCAGCCAUUUCUGCAUGCGAGAAGGCUGCUCAGUGGCCCAGCGCGGUAGCUCUACUGCAGCAGCAGCGUUCGGAACAUUUGGAGUCCUCACUGAUUUGCUGCAGCGCGGCCAUGACCGCAUGUGCUCGUGGUAGCGAGUGGGCUCUCUCACUAAGCCUGUUGAGCACUACACGGGCAGCAGGACUGCAAGUUGAUGUCAUCAUGCUCAGCAGUGGCAUCAGUGCAUGUGCUCAAGGAACUGAAUGGCAAGGGUGCCUUGCACUUCUUCGUGACAUGUCAUCCGAAGAACUGUGUCCCAAUCAGAUUGCCUACAACGCGGCUGCUGAUGGGUUGAGUCGCUGCAAUCAGUGGAUUCUCACGCUGGAGAUUCUGCGAGAGAUGAGGCAGUGCAACUUAUGGCCAGAUGCUGGGACGAUCAGCUCCGCCGUGAAAUCUUGCGGCUUGGCUGCCGAGUGGCAACAUGCGCUGAUGGCGUUCCAGCAGAUUCCAGAAGAUCAACUGGACAUUGUGGCGUUUCACUCAGCCGUGGGCGCCUGUGAGCAGGCUGGACAAUGGGAAGCAGCCGUCCAACUCCUGCAGGAGCUGAGGCUUGGACGCUUGGUCGCGGACGCACAGAUCUUAUCGAGUGCGCUGAGUGUGGCGGCCAGGUCUGGAGCCUGGGACAUCGCCUUGGCCUUGCUGGGCUUUGGACCAGUGGACGCAGCAGUCCGCAAUGCAGCCAUCAGCGCUUGUGCCCAGGGCUCUCGCUGGCAUGUGGCACUCUCGCUUUUGCCAUCAGAUUAUGUGGGCUACUGUGCUGCUAUUAGCGCAUGCGGAGCGACCGCAGCCUGGAGGGCAGCUGUCGUGGUGCUAGAGGACAUGCUGCUGCAAGAGAUGGAGGUGGACAGUGUGGCCUACAAUGCCCUGAUGACGUCCUUGGAGGGCUCCAGGGAAUGGGCCAUCGGCUUGCAGCUCCUGGAGCAAAUGCUGGCCAGUCACCUCAGGCCCGAGGAAGUGGCCCUGGCUGCGGUGCUGGGGCGCUUGCUGCGGCACCGGCAGGUGGCGGAUCUGCCACGGCUGCUGACCCACUUGGAGGAGGAGGGCGCUCGCCGGGUGACCUCGCUGCGUGGACAAAAGCGCGUCUUUGCUCGGCCAUGCUGAGGGACCAUUGCUUCUCAGCAUGGCCGGUC